UGAGCAUAAAAAUAUUCAGACAAAGCGAUUCCUGAAUCUUGUGCACAAAAGGCAUAUCAAGAGCAUCAAAUGACUCAAAAUACUUUAUUUAAAAGAAGGCAUUCAUCUUUUCUUUUUCAUUUGUGAGAUCUGAAGAAGGUCAGAGUAUGACAACUACUACGACUAACAAAAUCCUGCGACCCCUUUUCACCACUGUGUUCAUUGUCAUGGUCUUCAUAAUUAUAUUUAUGUUAUAUGUAAAACCAUCCAGCAAUUUUUCAUAUAAUCAAGUGGAGCCAACGUCUUUAAAAAAUGGAGCCAAGAGAGUUCCAAAAACCAAUACAAGCCUGACCAUUGUACUGGUUUGGCAUUGGCCAUUUGGACAGACUUUCAAACUGGAUAAUUGCAGCUCUGCCUUCAACAUCAAGGACUGUUUCAUCACAGCAGACAAAAACUUGUACAACAGAUCACAUGGAGUCAUCUUUCACCACCGAGACAUCGCCAGGGACCUCUCCAAUCUGCCACAACAGCAACGGCCACCAUUCCAGAAGUGGAUAUGGAUGAACUUAGAGUCCCCGUCACAUUCACCCCAGCUUUCUGGAAUCAAUAAUUUAUUCAACGUGACUCUCAACUACCGUCAGGAUUCUGACAUUAAAGGAACUUAUGGCAUCAUUGUUCCAACCAAAACUGCAGAGAACUUUGUACCCCCCAAAAAAGACAAAUUGGUCUGCUGGAUUGUGAGUAACUGGAACCCGGGACAUCGCCGGGUUCAGUAUUUCAAUGAAUUGCACAAACACAUUGAGAUUCACACAUAUGGACAAGCCUUUAGGAACAAAAUUUCUGGUGAAGAUUACAUGUCCAUCAUGACCAGCUGUAAGUUUUAUUUGUCUUUUGAGAACUCCAUCCACAAAGAUUACAUUACUGAAAAAAUGUACAAUCCACUUGCUGUGGGAACAGUGCCAGUAGUUCUUGGGACAUCCAGACAGAACUAUGAAAACUUUAUUCAAGGAGAUUCCUUCAUUCACGUGGAUGACUUUAAAUCACCCAAGGAGCUGGCGGAGUACCUGCUGAUCGCAAACAAGAAUGAACAAAUGUAUCUGGGAUUUUUUAAGUGGAGGCAGAACUUUAAAUCACACAAUUAUGGUUCCUGGUCAAUGCACACGUGCCAUGCGUGUGAAUACUUGCAAAAGCACAAGGAGUACAAGGCAAUCAAUGAUCUUAACAAGUGGUAUUGGGGAUAAUGGUGCUCCUAGAGUUUGUGCAGCAGCUAUCGUGUUUUAUGACGUGGUUCACAGUCAAAACAAAAUGUGGUUCUUGAGGUUGACCCCUCUAAAAACAGUCUGAAACUAAGUCAUGUGAUCUGACAUGAAUAGUUUGAAGAGCAAUAAUCUGCCAUGCCAUUAUAAUGCUUGAGAUAGACACUGACACACAAUUCUUUUUGCAACCUCAUUCAGAUCUUUUUUCACUUCUAGAACUUGAUUUAAAGGCUAAUUUCUGAACCUUGUAUUUCAUAGUGGAAUGCACGGACUUAAUUUAACUAUUAUUAGGCAAAUUAAUAAUAAUAACGCACACACACACAGUAUGGUCUUUUGGUUUUAAUUGUCCUUAAUUGUUGAUUUGCUCUAGCUUGAACACUUGAAUAAUAGGCUCCAUGAGGUUUAUUUGUCCUUUUUUUU